AUGGGCCGUGGGGCGCUCCGGAUGGCUCUGCCUGUGCUCUCCCUGCUGGCCUGCUCCGCCCUAGGGAAGCCACUGGAGAACCGGGGGCGGCCGUCCACGGGGGGAGAUGCCCACCGCCUGCUAGGGGGGCCCGGCGGUGAGCAGGAGGGGGUCACCUUCGACCUGAGGAUGUUCCUGGAGAACAUGAAGGUGGAUUUUCUGCGCAACCUCAACCUGAGUGGGGUCCCUUCUCAGGACAGAACCCGAGCCGAGCCACCGCAGUACAUGAUCGAUCUAUACAACAGAUACACCACCGACAAGACGUCCACCCCUGCGUCAAACAUUGUGCGCAGCUUCAGCGUGGAAGAUGCUGUCUCUUUAGCCACCACGGAAGACUUCCCUUUCCAGAAGCACAUCUUGCUCUUCAAUAUCUCCAUUCCCAGGCAUGAGCAGAUCACCAGGGCCGAGCUCCGGCUGUACGUCUCCUGUCAGAGCCACGUGGACUCCUCUCACGAGCUGAAAGGAAACAUGGUCAUUUACGACGUUCUGGAUGGAGCUGAGGUCUGGGAUGCUCCUGGGGGGACCAAGACCUUCCUGGUGUCUCAGGACAUCCGGGAUGAGGGCUGGGAGACCUUUGAGGUGUCCAGUGCUGUGAAGCGGUGGGUCCGGGCAGACUCCACCAAGAGCAAAAAUAAACUGGAAGUGACAGUGGAGAGUCACAGGAAGGGCUGUGACAAGCUGGAUAUCAGCGUCCCCCCAGGGUCCAAAAACCUGCCCUUCUUUGUUGUCUUCUCCAAUGACCGCAGCAACGGGACCAAGGAGACCAGGCUGGAGCUCAGGGAGAUGAUCAGCCACGAGCAGGAGAGCGUGCUCAAGAAGCUGUCCAGGAACACUGUGGUGGAGGCAGGUGAGAACAAGGACGAGGGGCAGGAUGUGCAAGGCCACGUGCCCACGGCAUCAUCUUUGGUCAGACGGAAGAGGAGUGCUGGGGCCAACAGCCACUGUCAAAAGACCUCCCUGCGGGUGAACUUCGAGGACAUCGGCUGGGACAGCUGGAUCAUUGCGCCCAAGGAGUAUGAUGCCUUUGAAUGUAAAGGUGGCUGCUUCUUCCCCCUGGCUGACGAUGUGACCCCAACGAAACAUGCCAUCGUGAAGACCCUGGUGCAUCUCAAGUUCCCCAUGAAGGUGGGCAAGGCCUGCUGUGUGCCCACCAAGCUGAGCCCCAUCUCCAUCCUCUACAAGGAUGACAUGGGGGUCCCCACCCUCAAAUACCACUAUGAAGGGAUGAGUGUGGCAGAGUGUGGGUGUAGGUAG